GACCAAGCCGUCCGUCAAGUCUCGCGCUGACUCCCGAGCCAGCCACACGUGUUUCCCUCUUGGUGCUGCCCUAAGCCAAUACUUUUCGUCGUCCAACUAUUAUUUGGUGACUAUUCGUUUCCCAGAGUUGGUGAAGUAGUUUUCGAUCUGAACUGUUCGAUAUCGGUCGUAGAUUCUCCGUUCGCAGUGCUCUACUAGUACUUUUCACCAUCUGUUGUGUAUAGGAAGAAGUGAAUAAGCGUGAAGAAACAUAAAGCUCAAGUGUGCAAAAGGAUACUAAUCAAGCAGGACAGGAAGCAGAACGUCAUCACCGUCGAGUUUUGGAUCAGAAAAAAGUCGAGAGGUUAUUGACUUUGAGAACACGAGAAUUUGGCCGCUUCCAAAAACACUCAAACAGAACCACAAUCUCCCUUCAGUCUCACACAAACUGAAGAUGAUUCUGAAACGGCAAUCGAAAGGUGGGACGAAGCAGCAGUGUUCUUCGCGAAAUAGCAACAGCAGCAGUACCUCACCCCUGCAGACGAUUUGCGUUUUCCAAACUGUGAUAGUAUCGUUAGUGCUUGCCGUGUUCCUGCUGCCGGCGGAAAUUUCCAGCCUCGAGAAUGGCCUCGCCAGGACGCCACCAAUGGGUUGGCUAUCGUGGGAGCGGUUCCGUUGUAAUACUGAUUGCGAGGGAGAUCCGGAGAAUUGUAUCAGUGAAAACCUAUUCCGCACGAUGGCCGACCUGGUGGUGAGUGAAGGCUACGCCGCCCUCGGCUACGAAUACAUCAACGUCGACGAUUGCUGGCUGGAAAAGUCGCGUGGACCUCGCGGAGAGCUGGUGGCCGAUCGACGCCGGUUCCCGAGUGGCAUGAAGGCCCUCGCCGAUUACGUGCACGCCAAGGGGCUCAAGUUUGGCAUUUACGAGGACUACGGUAACUACACGUGUGCCGGAUACCCCGGUAUUCUGGGCUUCUCGCAGAACGAUGCCGCCCAGUUCGCUUCCUGGGAUGUGGAUUACGUCAAGUUGGAUGGGUGUUACUCGCUCCCGAUCGAUAUGGACCACGGUUAUCCGGAGUUUGGACGGCACCUGAAUGCCACCGGACGCGCGAUGGUGUACUCCUGCAGUUGGCCCGUGUAUCAGAUCUACGCCGGAAUGAACCCAAACUACUCGUCCAUCAUCCAACACUGUAAUUUGUGGAGAAACUACGACGACAUCCAGGAUUCGUGGGCUUCGCUGGAGAGCAUCAUCGACUACUAUGGAAACAAUCAGGAUGCGAUUAUCCCGAAUGCAGGUCCCGGACACUGGAACGAUCCUGAUAUGUUGAUCAUCGGCAACUUCGGUCUGAGCUACGAACAAUCGAAGACACAAAUGGCACUGUGGGCCAUCAUGGCUGCCCCUCUGAUGAUGUCGGUGGAUUUGCGAACGAUUCGACCGGAGUUCAAGGCGAUCUUGCAGAACAAGAAGAUCAUUGCCGUUGAUCAGGAUCCUCUCGGAAUCCAGGGCAGGAGGAUAUACAAGCACAAGGGCAUCGAAAUCUGGUCCCGUCCGAUCACACCGAUCUACCAAACGUUCUACUCGUACGCCAUCGCCUUCGUAAACCGAAGAACCGACGGAACUCCCUCGGAUGUGGCCGUCACCCUGCGUGAGCUGGGUCUGAUCUCCCCCACCGGAUACAGGGUUGAGGACCUGUACGAGGAAGUCGACUACGGAAUACUGAGCCCCCAGACCAAGAUCAAGGUAAAGGUCAACCCAUCGGGUGUUGUGAUUCUGCGCGCUGACGUUCAACCGGAACGGUUCUCCAAGAGACCGUACAACCCGAUCUUCUACCGUUAUCCCAACUAAGGCUAGUAGGUGUACCAUUUUCCAGAAGAGCCAGCCGUGUGAUCCCACAUACGAUUAAGAAAUGUGAAGAAGAAACAACUCUACAACCUAGCACCUAAGUCUGAUUUAGAGCCGAUAACGAACUCAGUACUGUGCAAGUCUUAGUAUAUGGGAGAAACUCUCUAUGACGCAACAUAAUAUGGCGUGACGUAUUAUAAGGUUAUGUGUUUCAACAACUACAGUUACAAGUAUCAUUUAUUCUACAGUCGACUCUCCACAUCUCGAUGUUCUACAUCUCGAUAUCUCUCCCUAUGUCGAUGAUUUUUUCGGUCCCUUCAAUCUGCAUACAUUUUCACUCUCCAUAUCUCGAUAUCCUCCUUAUCUCGAUAUCUCCCUAUCUCGAUGUGAUUUUCGUUCUCAAUUUUCUCUCCAUAUGUCAAUAUGCCCAUUAUCAAAGGCUACUAGACUAGAUUUUAGAGAUUCAAAACAAUUUGAGAAGACGAAAUGACAUCUGUUUGUUUUUGAUUUUCCUGGCAACGGAGUGAUUUUCAAUCUAGUAUCCGUUAAAAAUUUGUUCUAUGUCUCGAUCUCUCCCUAUCUCGAUGGUCCCUUCGAUAUCGUGAUGUGGAGAGGCGACUGUAUUUUCAAAGGUAGCCUGACAACAUUUAUGGUUUUGUUAUGGUUUAAUGAUUUAUUUCUGCAUUUAAAUAAAUCUUCUAUAAAACUAUGACAAAAUCAGAAGCGUGACUUGAGUAAUGGCUGUAAACACCAAUGUUAUUUCGAAAAGUAACAAUAUUAUUAUAACUAUAAUCAAUAAACAAUUAAAUAUAUAGCAAAAACCUUAGGCUUCAAAAGAGUUGAAUCGAAUAAAUUGUGAAGGAUUUAUAAUUUAAUUAAAAACGUACACCCAACUUUGAGUUAAAAAUAACUCAACCAGAUCAACGAGACACAUAACCUUAAGCUAAUUCACAGUCGUCUGAUCAACCUGAUAUGACAUACUUUGAAUGGAACCAUUACAAUACAAAAGCAGUUCGUGUGUAGAUAGCAGCGAUGUUAGAUGCAAUUUGUAUAUCUAAAUUGAAGCAAUUGUACAAAUGAUGAUUACCGGCUCGUUUUAGAGAGGGGCCUCUUUGCCGAUUCGUCUUUCUCCGAAUCUGCACGACACGCAAAAAAAAGAAGAUAAGGGAUAAUCUCAGCCAGCAGGGAAAACAAAAGAAGCAAAAAAAACAAUACGUCGGAGAGCACCCAUCAGGAGAGAUAAUGAUAAUGUGCCAGCUUUGCCAGAAUAUGCAAUGAAUUCCCUAUGGAAUAGAAUUUCUGGGUGUGUUUGGUGGGAUGGGGUGAUACCUCUGGAAGGUGUUGCUCCAUAAGGAAUUCAUUGGUAUGGUGAUAUUUAUUAUACAAAAAAAAACCAACGCAGAUUCGUAUCUGUAAAAUUUCACUUUGUAAUUUGCACGCAAGCCCCCACAAUAGGCAGGGAAUGGAGAUAAUGAAGAUAGAGCAAUAACCACACAACUGAUAGACAGAAUUAAUUAGUUUUAAAAUUCUCAAUCUACCAACUCGCCAAAACAACUUGAUCAAAAGCAGAUCUUUCCAACCUUAGUCUAAGCUCACAUAAACAAAAAUGGAUGAAUAAGAACAUGGAAACACUUUGAGACACAUUAUUGCAUUGAUUUCGAUGUUCAUAGUGGAACUUGAUGUGUAUCGGUGGAAGCCCAAAAGCACUAGAAGUGGUUUGAACCAAACUGCGGAAUAGUGACUGAAAAUUUAAAAACAAAAUCUGAUCUGCUUCGGAAGUCCCACUAGUAGACCUGACAAAAAUUAAAACUUCAAAACAAUUUGAAAAACAUAAGCAACAAAGUGAGCAUUCCCAAAUCAGGUCUGCCCUGUUUAUGUAAUUUAUUUUUAUCCUAGUAUGUAAGUGAUAUGAAAUUAAAUAAAAAGUGGUAGUGAAAAGCGA